UGUAAUGCCUAGCUUCCUUGAAAGUGUCAUUAAAAAGUUUUUGAGAUCUCCACCUAAGAUUCAGUGUAAUCAAAGUGGAUAGAUACCUGGUAAUUUCUCAUGAUAGAUGAGCAUGAAUUCUGACAAGGCCAAUUCGUUACUAUUAAACAAUUCCCCAUUGGUAAAGUGGUUAGUCUCUAAAAAGCAUCUGACAACCUAAAUCUUCAAUGCCUUUAUUCACAAAACUUAUUUUAAUGGCAUCUCUCAUCUUGAUGUUGAGGCAAAGAAGACAACAUCGGGAGUUGAUUGAUUUGUUCCCCUCUGAGAACAAGAAUUAGAUAAUAAGUUUUAUCACAGCUAUAGAAGGGUAUUCAAAUUACUGGUAGAAAAUUAGAUUACUUCCCAAUUCAAUCCUGUUAUUGGAAUUUCAAAUUCCUGCAUAUGUUUCAAACUCAUCAUGUUUAUUUUAUGAUUCUCAAUGGCUCAUCUAGGCUGUAUUUAUGAUGUGUGCAGUUAUUGCUAUUGAUCCUUGUCAGAGGGAAUUGGUCAAUGCAGUACUUCAUAAUCUAUCCAGGCAGCUUAAGUACGCAUCUAUGCUGAAGUAUUUGGAGGAACUAAUGGGAUCAAUUCUCUUUUGCUGGGUUGCUUGUCGUGUAAGCUUAGUUGCACUUGUGGGGGUUGCUUGUCACUGUUGGCUGUUCUGGUCAAAAAUCACUUUGUGCCAAUCUCUGCUAUCUGUAUGGCAUUGCAUUGCAGUAAGGAAUCUGGGUGGGAAAAGGCAGCAAUUGUUCUUCAGGGUUCAAUUUUGCGUCUUGCUGAGAUAUCUAGGAGUGAACGAGACAAACUCAUAAAGAAACAUAUGAUUGACAGACAUUUGAGGACAUGGAUAGAUCGGGAGACUGAUUGCUUGCUUCUUUUAGUAGUUCUCUAUUUGACUGGUCUUGAGCUUGGAGACUCACAUCUAGUGAUUUCCUCCCUUUGUUUCUUAGUUUUCUCCUUGUUUGUACUUAAUUCUUAAUUGUUCUUUUUUUUUCCUUGUAAUUUUUUGG